AUGCUAACACAGCUCCUAGGAAUGGUUGUUGGUUUGGUCAUUAGAUUUACGCCCGGAACAUUGAUCCAGAAAUCAGUCAGCUUUGACUACCAGUUCUUUUUCAACCUUCUUCUCCCCCCUAUUAUAUUAGCAUCGGGCUAUGAGCUACAUCAGGGUAACUUCUUUCGAAAUAUUGGCAGUAUCCUUACCUUCGCCUUCGCCGGUACAUUUAUCUCUGCAUUAGUCCUGGGUCUCGUCUUAUUCCUUUGGACAAGAAUUCCUAUUGAGGGAUUGGACAUCUCCUUCGUCGAGGCAUUUUCUGUCGGAGCCACACUUUCAGCGACUGAUCCUGUCACCAUUCUUGCAAUUUUUAACGUCUACAAAGUCGAGCCGAAGUUGUACACGGUUAUAUUUGGAGAGUCUAUUCUUAACGAUGCAAUUGCAAUUGUUUUGUUCGAGACGGCGCAGAGAUACAAGCCAGGCAGCGCAGCAGGAUCGCUUACAGUCCUCAGCUUAUUCGAGGCUAUUGGCAUUUUCUUGAUCGUUUUCUUUGGAAGUCUCCUUAUUGGAGUGAUCGUUGGAAUAGGCACUGCGUUGGGACUUAAAUAUACCCAUGUGCGUCGUGAUCCAAAGAUUGAAAGUUGCCUCAUUCUUUUGAUUGCCUAUGCCUGUUACUUCUUCUCGACUGGAAUCAAGAUGUCGGGUAUCGUGUCACUACUGUUUUGUGGAAUGACCCUAAAACACUACGCAUACUACAACAUGUCUCGUCGAACCCAACUUACGACCAAGUACAUAUUCCAGACUAUGGCGCAACUCUCCGAGAACUUUAUAUUCAUUUACCUAGGAUUGGACCUUUUUACGGAUGAGAACCUGCAAUUCAAACCCCUCUUCAUUAUGGUGUCUGUAGUGGGAAUAUGUGUGGCCAGAUACCUGUCUGUAUUCCCAUUAUCCCAGGCCAUAAAUUGGGUUAUCCGGUAUAGAGCUGCUAGCCGGGGUAGGGAUGUGGCUGAUGAACUCCCUUAUCCAUACCAAGCCAUGCUUUUCUGGGCAGGCUUACGAGGAGCAGUCGGUGUCGCGUUGGCUGCUGGACUGGAGGGAACAAAUGCUCCAGCGUUGCGUGCAACAGUUCUAGUUGUUGUCGUCUUGACCGUCAUUAUAUUUGGAGGUACAACCGCUAGAAUGCUUGAAAUUCUGGAUAUCCGUACUGGAGUUGUGGAGGAAAUUGAUUCCGACGACGAAUUUGAUAUUGAAGUCACGAAUGGUGGCACAUACUACAAGCGAUCAGGAACUGGGAUGGGACAUACCCCACGCAGAAGCGAUUUCCAGCUAGACUCGGUGGCUAGAGAACAUGAAAUCAAUCGGACUGGUCAUGGCUUCUCGAGCGGUAGCAAUGGACGACUAACUCCCCAGGCUCCUGAAGGUCCUGGUGGCCUCACGAGGAAGAAAUCUUCAUACUCCAGAAAAGAUCGUACUCGAUCUCGAGACGGAGCUUCGACGCAAGAGUUACUCGGAGGCCGAAGUGGGAGCCACAGCGGUAGCAGCGUUGACAUAGAUAUGAGCCAUGACAGAAGCCGUGCUGGACGAAACGCCAGAGGAACAGGUGACAUGGGUAUGAGUAUCGACGACUUCGACCUUGAAGUCGACGCCGCAUUGUCUGAUGAUGACUUGCCUCCUGCAGCCUCACAGGCCCAACAUUCUCGCAACCAUUCCCAACCCCGAUCAGCAUCGGCUCAUACCCCUGGGGAUGGACCAUACGCUAACACUGCCCAAGCAGAAACGUCAUCUUCAUCCCGACCUAUUGCGGCUGCCACUGAUGCAUUCCGUGAUUUGCUGAGUGGAAACCGUGACCAUGCUACGUGGUUUAAACAUCUUGACGACGAAUACAUCAAACCAAAGUUGCUUCUCGACCAGGGAUCCGGCUCUGGAUCUCCAUCUGGAUCUGGGCGAAAGGGACCUGAUGCUGUAUGA